GCGGAAGUGCUGAAGGAACGGCCUGUCUCUAUGCCUAAUGAGGUGAAACGGUGGACGGGGCUCGUCAUGGCCGGCAUUCGAGCGCUGCGGAAAAGCAAGACGCUACGCUAUGGAAUCCCGAUGAUGCUGCUUGUAGUUGGUGGCUCUUUUGGACUUCGUGAGUUCACCCAGAUUCGAUACGAUGCUCAUCAGCUCCACAGCAAAGUUGAUCCAGCUUUGGAAGAAAGAAUAAAAAAUAGCAAAGUGACUCUGGAAUCGGAAUAUGAGAAAGUGAAAAAUGCCAACUUUGAAGACUGGAAGAACAUCCGAGGGCCCCGUCCGUGGGAAGAUUCCAAGUCCUUCCAAGAUCAGCAGCGGUAGCAGCAACAGAACUUCUCUGAAAGCCAGCCUGGCUUCAUUCACUUGGUGUUUCAUUGAACUCUGCCUUUUUCCAGUGAAUGGGAUAACUAGGGGUUAUCUCCAGCAAAGAAAUAACUGUCUUGAUCUGAUAUCAUGGCUAAGCAGAAACUUACAAAUAAAGAUCCGGAUGUGUGAUUCCCAGUAAUAA